AUGGAUAUGUUAGGAGGAGAGGACAAAAGAAAAGUUCCAGAUAUGUUGCAAAGAAUAUUACGCUAUGACGUUCAAGUCACCAAAAAGUUUGUUGAAUUGUCUCAAAACAUAACAGCCUUGAGGUCUCUUCGCAUACAUUCUAAAUUUUUAGAGGUGUCCUGUCAUGGAAUAGUAUGGUUGGCUGGUUGGAUCACUUUUAUAUGGUUAUUUAAUAAUAGAGACCUAUAUCAACUACAAGUGAAUAUGUUAUUUGCACUCCUCUUGGAUAUUAUAAUUAUAGCAGUUGUGAAGGCAUUUGUGAGAAGACGUCGUCCUAUCCCAAUGAACAAGUUGCUUCCUGGCAACCCUGACAAAUAUUCAUUUCCAUCAGGCCACACUAGCAGAGCAGUCCUGGUAGCUUUUAUUCUAAUCUGCAUAGAUCCAAUUUAUUUCAUCUUUUAUCCUCCUCUGGUUGCUUGGGUGGUAGCUGUAGCCAUAUCUCGAGUAUUAGCUGAAAGGCACUACUUUUUAGAUGUAUUUGCUGGAGUGGGCAUUGGUAUUCUGGAAGGCUUAUUUAUAUCCUUGAUUUGGUUCUCUCAAAGUACAGCAAUCAGCAUUAUAACUUCUUUGUCAGAUGAAAAGAAAGAUGGAGGAGAGUAUCAUGUG